CCCCUCCCUGACACACAGUACAAUGGCAAUCCAGAGUCAGUGGGGUACCGGAUAAAGUUCUGGCGUGUGGAUCUGCAGUCUCCCACCCUGACAAAAGUUAUUAGUGACCGACUGGAGAGAGAGUACACGAUUGAAGAUCUGGAGGAGUGGACAGAGUACGAACUGCAGAUCCAGGCUUUCAAUGCCAUCGGGGCAGGACCGUGGAGUGAAGUAGUGAGAGGUCGCACACGGGAGUCCGUGCCCUCGGCUCCUCCUGAGAAUGUCUCUGCUGAAGCUGUGAGUUCAACCCAGAUCCUUCUGACAUGGGCUGCAGUCCCUGAGUCCGAGCAGAAUGGUCUCAUCCUGGGUUACAAGAUACUUUUUAAAGCAAAAGAUGUAGAUUCUGAACCCAAGAGCCAAACAGUAAGAGGUAACCACACUCAGUCUUUCCUGCUGUCUGGCCUGAGGAAGUACAUGCUCUAUGAGAUCCAGGUGCUGGCAUUCACUCGGAUUGGAGAUGGAGUCCCCAGCUCCCCUGCAGUCAUAGAAAGGACCAAGGAUGAUGCCCCUGGGCCACCUGUGAGACUGGUGUUCCCUGAGGUGAGGCUGACAUCUGUACGGAUUGUGUGGCAGCCACCAGAGGAGCCCAAUGGAAUUAUUCUGGGGUAUCAGAUCGCCUACCGCCUGGCCAGCAGCAGCCCCAACAAGUUCACAACAGUGGAGGUUGGCUCAACAGUGAGGCAAUUUACUGCUACAGAUCUCACCCCUGAGUCAGCGUACAUCUUCCGGACGUCUGCCAAGACCAGGCAGGGCUGGGGGGAGCCUCUGGAAGCAACGGUGAUCACAACAGAAAAAAGAGAACGACCAGCACCUCCCAGGCAGGUGAUGACCCCCCAGAGCGAUGUGUCAUCCCGGAGCCUGCUGCUGAAGUGGGUCCCUGGGAGUGAUGGGUCCUCACCAAUACGAUAUUUCACAGUACAAGUGCGAGAACUGCCAAAUGGAGACUGGCAAACCUACUCCUCCUCCAUCAGCCACGAGGCAACGUCCUGCAUCAUUGAAAGCUUGAACCCCUUCACGUCGUACAGGCUGCGGGUGAAGGCAACCAACGACAUCGGGGACAGUGACUUCAGUGUGGAGACUGAGCCCGUCACAACCCUGCAGGAUGUUCCAGAUGAACCACCCAGUUCUGUGUUAGUGACUCCCCACACAACCUCAUCUGUCCUUGUGCAGUGGCAGCCACCCAAAGCUGAGAGUGUGAACGGUUUGCUGCUGGGAUACCGCAUCUACUAUCGGGAGCUGGAUUAUGACACUGGAUCUGGAACAGAAUCCAAAACCAUCCAGAACCCUUCAGCUUUAAGAGCAGAGCUCACACCCCAAAGCAGCUUCAAGACAGUGAACAGCAGCUCUGCAUUAACGACGUAUGAAUUAACACAGUUGAAGAAAUACAAGAGAUAUGAAGUACUAAUGACAGCAUAUAAUGUAAUUGGUGAGAGCCCUACCAGCACACCAGUGGAAGUGUUUGUAGGUGAAGCAGCACCAGCGCUGGCCCCACAGAACAUCCAAGUAAACUCCCUUUCUGCAAGCCAGCUGGAGCUCACCUGGGACCCCCCUCCUGCCGACAGCCAAAAUGGGAACAUCCAAGGCUACAAGAUUUAUUACUGGGAGAGCGACGUCCAAAACGACACGGAGAAGGUGAAGGUCCUUUUCCUCCCAGAGACAACCGUGCGGCUCAAGAACCUGACCAGCCACACGCGGUACCUGGUCUGCAUCUCCGCCUUCAACGCGGCCGGGGACGGCCCCAGGAGCAGCCCCUCCCAGGGCAGGACCCUCCAGGCAGCACCCAGUGCUCCCAGCUUCUUGGCGUUCUCUGAAAUCACUUGCACUACACUCAAUGUGUCUUGGGGCGAGCCGACAGCAGCAAAUGGAGUCCUGCAGGGUUAUCGAGUAGUCUACGAGCCUUUGGCUCCUGUCCAGGGGGUGAGCAAGGUGGUGACUGUGGACAUCAAAGGGAACUGGCAGCGCUGGUUGAAGGUCCGAGAUCUCACCAAGGGCAUGACCUAUUUAUUCAGAGUGCAAGCCCGAACCAUCGCCUAUGGACCUGAGCUGCAAGCCAACGUCACAGCUGGGCCAGCAGAAGGGUCUCCCGGCUCCCCUCAGGAAAUUCUAGUGACAAAAUCUGCUUCUGGGCUGACGUUACAGUGGACUGAGGGAGAUUCAGGAGAAAAACCCACAACUGGCUACAUUAUAGAGGCACGACCCUCAGAUGAAGGGCUGUGGGAUAUGUUUGUGAAGGACAUCCCUCGCAGCGCCACCUCCUAUACAGUUGGCCUGGACAAACUCAAACAGGGUGUGACCUAUGAAUUUCGGGUGGUGGCUGUCAAUGAAUUUGGUUAUGGAGAACCAAGUGUUUCCUCUGUGCCAGUAUCAGCACAAACAGAAGCCCCUUUCUAUGAGGAGUGGUGGUUUCUGGUAGUGAUGGCUCUCUCAAGUCUGAUCCUCAUCCUCCUGGUGGUGUUUGCAUUGGUUCUGCAUGGCCAGAGCAAGAAGUACAAGAACUGCAGCACAGGUAAAACCAUUUCCAACGUGGAAGAGUCAGUCACUCUGGAUAAUGGAGGCUUCACUGCUCUGGAGCUCAACAGUAGACACCUGAACAUCAAGAGCACCUUCUCAAAGAAGAAUGGAACAAGGUCUCCUCCUCGCCCAAGCCCCGGGGGGCUGCACUACUCUGAUGAGGAUAUCUGCAAUAAGUACAACGGAGCUGUGCUGAGCGAGGGCUUGGGCCUGAACGAGAAGCCCUUAGAAGUGUCCGAGUCAGAGGCCACUGACUCGGACUAUGAAGACGAGUUGCCAAAGCACUCCUUUGUGAACCACUACAUGAGCGACCCCACCUACUACAACUCCUGGAAGCGGCAGCAGAAGGGGGUGAAGCACCCCGUGCCCUACAGAUACGAGGAGUGUGCCGCCGGCGAGACAGAGCCCUAUUUCCAGACUGUCAUCACCACACAGAGCUCAGGAGGGGUGUACACCCCAACGGGACAGCCCGCGCCCGGCUCCCGGACUCCAGUCACAGGGUUCUCCUCCUUCGUCUGA